AUGGCGGUCACUUUACUGGAUUUCACGAAAAGACCAGAAAGAAGUGAAUUUUCGGAUUCCACCGAAGACGAUAUUGCAUGUGCGAAGACUUUUUGGCAGUCUGUGACACUCUUGCCUCCGAUGGAAUCACGUUUGGUUUCCAGCGACAUCAAACAGAGAUUGAGAACAGCCCCUCCCGGAGGACACACAACAGCUCGCAAAAGUACUGCAGGAAACUCCACUUACCGAGUUACACCGGCAAAUAACCUAGCUGUUCAAGAGUUUUUAACUAAAGCUAGAACAAUGCAACAAAUGGAAGAGUUUUUACGAUUGAGAGAAUUUGCAUCAGCACGGGAUGAGGACAGAGAAUUGUUGUAUAGGCGAAGGAAAGAACGCAUGAAGAAAGAAGAAAUAUCAAGAAAUCGAAUCACAAGAAAAAAGAAAAAUAAUGAAGAAAUAACAAUUAUAAAUGAAAGUGAUAAUGAAAUGGAAGAAGAUGUGGAUAAAAUCAUGAAAGAUUUGGAUCAAUUUGAUAAAUCGAUAAACAAAAAUCUUGAUGUCGAUUCAGACUAGCCACUCCAGAUUCCCAAAAUACAGGCCUAUUAAUAAUAAGCUCUAUAUAUAAAUGAAUUUUCAAUGAACACCAAUUUUCAGUAUAUUUGGUCAGAUUAUGAUUGGCAUAUUUUUCUGUGUCAAACAUGUGUAACAUGGGUUGUUUUCAAAUGUAUAAUUGUUUGAUAACUAUUGUUGAUUGAAAUGUCUAAAAAACCUUUGAGUAUCCCCUGAGGGCAUGCAUGUAUUCCAAGGGGGUGGGGAAGACGCCGGUAGGAGGGGGUGGCACUCACAAGAUAGGGAACCAAGGACACAGAUACAAAUAUAUUUGCUUGACUGAUAAAUGAUUUUUUGUAAAUAUAGAAUUUUAGUUUAUUUAUAAUCGAUUUUUAAUGAUAUGAAUGUUGUAUGAUUGUUACAAUAAAUUUUUAUUUUUAUAAUG